CGAGAUGCUGUUUGGCGACUCGUCGCCAUUCCCGGAGCACCUCGGCCUCGGCCCAGAGGCGAGUGUCGGUCGCUGUGUCGGAGACACCGGUCCCCGACACCAAGACAGCCAGCCCUCUCCCCUGCCCCGCGGCGGGAGAGCGUGUCCGGCCGGCCGGCGGGGCUCGCACACCUUCCCUCGACUCCCCUUCCCCCGUAGCCUCCGCCCCGCCAGGCCCGGCCCGGACCUCCGAGCCCCGGCCUCCUCCUUCUCUGUCACUGCCGCCGCUGCCGCCGGGCUCGACAGCCCCGUCCGCUGCUUCUCUUUCCAGUUUGAGAAGCCGAGGAAGGAAACAGGGAAAAAUGUCGCCAUGAAGGCCGAGAACCGCUGCCGCCGCCGACCCCCGCCGGCCCCGAACGCCAUGAGCCUGGGUCCCCGCCGCGCCCGCUCCGCUCCGACCGCCGCCGCCGCCGAGGCCCCCGUUGAUGCCGCAGAGCUCCCCCAACGCCGCCGCCACCGCUUCCGACAUGGACAAGAACAGCGGCUCCAGCAGCUCCUCCGCCUCUUCGGGCAGCAGCAAAGGGCAACAGCCGCCCCGCUCCGCCUCGGCGGGGCCGGCCGGCGAGUCUAAACCCAAGAGUGGUGUCGAUUAUAUAAUAAAUCCAAAGGUAGCAGAGGCUCAACGGGCAGAGUUUAGCCCUGCCCAGUUCUCUGGUCCGAAGAAGAUCAAUCUGAACCACUUGUUGAAUUUCACUUUUGAACCCCGUGGCCAGGCGGGUCACUUUGAAGGCAGUGGACAUGGCAGCUGGGGAAAGAGGAACAAAUGGGGGCAUAAGCCUUUUAACAAGGAACUCUUUUUACAGGCCAACUGCCAAUUUGUGGUGUCUGAAGACCAAGACUACACAGUUCAUUUUGCUGAUCCUGAUACCUUAGUCAACUGGGACUUUGUGGAACAAGUGCGCAUUUGUAGCCAUGAAGUGCCAUCUUGCCCAAUAUGCCUAUAUCCACCUACUGCAGCCAAGAUAACCCGUUGUGGACACAUCUUCUGCUGGGCAUGCAUUCUGCACUACCUUUCACUGAGUGAGAAGACCUGGAGUAAAUGUCCCAUCUGUUACAGUUCUGUGCAUAAGAAGGAUCUCAAGAGUGUUGUUGCCACCGAGUCACGUCAGUAUGUUGUUGGUGACACUAUUACAAUGCAGCUGAUGAAGAGGGAGAAAGGGGUGUUGUUGGCCUUGCCCAAAUCCAAAUGGAUGAAUGUAGACCAUCCUAUUCAUCUAGGAGAUGAACAGCACAGCCAGUACUCCAAGUUGCUGCUGGCCUCUAAGGAGCAGGUGCUGCACCGGGUAGUUCAGGAAGAGAAAAUAGCUUUGGAGCAGCAGCUGGCAGAGGAGAAGCACACUCCCGAGUCCUGCUUUAUUGAGGCAGCUAUCCAGGAGCUCAAGACUCGGGAAGAGGCUCUGUCAGGAUUGGCUGAAAGCAGAGGGGAGGUCCUUAGUGUUGUGCCUGCUCUGGAACAACUGGUGCUGAUGGCUCCCUUGGCGAAGGAGUCCGUUUUUCAACCCAGGAAGGGUGUGUUAGACUAUCUGUCUGCUUUUGAUGAAGAGACCACCGAAGUUUGUUCUCUGGGUUCUCCUCGUCCUCUUGCUCUCCCUCUGGUAGAGGAAGAGGAAGCAGUGUCUGAACCGGAGCCUGAAGCCUGUGAUGACUCAGAGUUAGCAGAUGACAGUCUUGGAGAGGGGACCAUUUGUACUGAGUCCAGCCAGCAGGAACCCAUCACCAAGCCAGGCUUCACACACCUGAGUGGCUCUCCUUGUUACUACUUUUACCAAGCGGAGGACGGGCAGCACAUGUUCCUGCACCCUGUGAAUGUGCGCUGCCUUGUGAGGGAGUACGGCAGCCUGGAGCAGAGCCCGGAGAAGAUCUCGGCAGUAGUGGUGGAGAUCGCCGGCUACUCCAUGUCUGAGGAUGUUCGGCAGCGUCAUAGAUACCUCUCUCACCUGCCGCUCACCUGUGAGUUCAGCAUCUGUGAACUGGCUCUGCAGCCUCCUGUGGUCUCUAAGGAAACUCUGGAGAUAUUCUCAGAUGACAUUGAGAAGAGGAAGCGUCAGCGCCAGAAGAAGGCUCGGGAGGAACGCCGCCGGGAGCGCAGGAUUGAGAUGGAGGAGAACAAGAAACAGGGCAAGUAUCCAGAAGUCCACAUUCCCCUAGAGAAUCUACAGCAGUUUCCUGCCUUCAAUUCCUAUACCUGCACCUCUGAUUCUGCUUUGGGUCCCACCAGCACCGAGGGCCAUGGUGCCCUCUCCCUGUCUCCUCUUAGCAGAAGUCCAGGUUCCCAAGCAGACUUUCUGCUGACCCCUCUGUCACCGACUGCCAGUCAGGGCAGUCCUUCAUUCUGCGUUGGGAGUCUGGAAGAAGACUCUCCCUUCCCUUCCUUUGCCCAGAUGCUGAGAGUUGGAAAAGCAAAAGCAGAUGUGUGGCCCAAAACUGCUCCAAAGAAAGAUGAAAACAGCUUAGUUCCUCCUGUGGACAGCGAUGGGGAGAGUGAUAACUCAGACCGUGUUCCUGUGCCCAGUUUCCAAAAUUCCUUCAGCCAAGCUAUUGAAGCAGCCUUCAUGAAACUGGACACACCAGCUACUUCAGAUCCCCUCUCUGAAGAGAAAGGAGGAAAGAAAAGAAAAAAACAGAAACAAAAGCUCCUGUUCAGCACCUCAGUCGUCCACACCAAGUGACACUACUGGCCCUGGCUACCUUCUCCAUCUGGUUUUCUUUUUCCUGUGCUUUUGUUUUGCUGCUGUAAUUUUUAAGUAUUUGAGUUUGAACAGAUUAGCUCUGGGGGGAGGGGGUUUCCACAGUGUGAGGGGGAACCAAGAAAAUUUUAAAUACAGUGUAUUUUCCAGCUUCCCAUCUUUACACCAAAAUAAAGUAUUGACACACAAGA